AUAAAUAUUGUAAUGUGUAUAAGGUCGGUUUCUAUUGAUUAGGCCUAAUUAUAUUUUACAUAUAAUCUGGGGUAUAAAAAGGAAAGUUGAAAUCACAAUGUUUAAUCGGUUUUUACCUAUAGAGAUUGAGGACAAGUACGAUAGUCACUUCUGGGAGGAAUACGUUUUUCCGGGUUACUUCAGAGAUCGAACAAUGUCCCAGUCUACGGACCCAGCAACUAAAAAUAAAAUUGCAGAGUAUAGGCGACGCAGAAGGGAACUAAGACCACCUAAUAUUGACUACAGUCAUCAAGAUAGUCUGUUUGGGAAUUCAUUUUCAUCUAAAGCGUAUUUCGUCGUACACCCAGAAUGGAUAUCUGAAAAUGUCGACCCACCUGUGUCAAAACCUUUGAACAGACCACCAUGGCCUUGGGAACAACCAAGAUACCGUCAAAAUCUUCAACGAUUCCAUGCCUACAAAAACGCACAGAAUGGAAACGGUAAUGGAGAAGGAACAGAAGAAAGUAAAAAUGAUAUUGAAAACGGAAACUUUGGGUUAAAUAAUGGACUUAAAACGCAAGAAGAAGAAAUUCCAUACACAGUACCAAGUUCUUAUAAAAUAACUCAUCCCCCAGAACAACGAUUAGGUUAUUGAUUUUGUUUAUUAGAUAAGCAGGGAUUUUGUCUUUUGAAAAUAUAUUUUUGAAUGUUUGAAGAUUCAUUUGUGUUGGUAAAGGAAGAUCAGGUAUAAAAAUGAGAAAGACAAAAUGUUAAUCAGUAUUAAUAGAAAUUUUAUUUACAUUCAGUCAUAUAAAUUAAUUUAUUAAAAAAAUGUUUUGUUGUAUUUU